AUGAAUUUGCCUAAUCGUGAACGUAAUAAAGGUCCUAUCACACAAAAUGUACAAUCAAAUAAACUUGAUUCUGAUACUGUGGCUGAAAAUGAAGAUGAUGGUAAAGAGAAUAAGGUGACUUUAAGAUUUAAUGAACUUGAAUACCGGGAGAAGGAUUUAGCUCUUAAAGAGCGAGAACUUGUUUUAAGGGAACAAUUCGUGUAA